CAUUCAUAAUUGAAACUGCUUCGCCGUUGUACAGUUUCCUUCUGCCCUGCGCCCCGGCUACAAUUCAUAAACAACAAGGGAAUAAAUUAGCUAGUGAGGUUAGUGUUGGAAGGAUCCAUGGCGAGGGAGGAGGGCGCCAAGGAGAAGGUGAAGCUGGUAGCAGCGGUGUUGGCGCUGGAGAUGCUCAUAGCAGGCUUCCAUGUCGUGUCUAGAGCCGCGCUCAACAUGGGCGUCAGCAAGAUGGCAUUCCUCGUCUACAGGAAUGGCUCUGCCCUUGCUGUGGUUGCUCCUUUUGCCUACUUCCUCGAGAAGAAAGAUAGGCCACCCCUCACGUUACUUUUGAUGGCCGAGUUCUUCAUGUUGGCUGCAGUUGGGACUACAUUCACACAGGGGUUCUAUAUUCUUGGUUUGUACUACUUGUCACCAACUUAUGUCUCUGCCAUCCAAAAUUCGGUCCCUGCAAUCACAUUUGUGAUGGCUGCUGCUUUGAGAAUUGAACAGGUCAAUAUUAAAAGCGGACAUGGGGUGGCAAAAAUAGCAGGCACGGUGGCGACCAUAGCAGGGGCGACCAUCAUAACCCUCUACAAAGGGAUGACAUUAACAAGAGAUUCAGAGGGUACCCACAAACUGAAAGACAUUAACGUUAUCACGAGUCCAGGAUUUACCUGGAUCGCUGGAUGUCUCAUCAUGUUUCUGAACUGUCUUUGCUUGUCUGGAUGGAUGGUUCUGCAGGUCCCGGUUUUGAAGAAAUACCCAGCUAAGUUAUCAUUUUUUACAAUCACUUUGGCAUUGGGGCUCAUCCAACUCAUAGCUGUAGCACCAUUUUUUGAGAGCAACAUAGAGAGGUGGAAGGUGCACUCUAGAGGGGAGCUUUUCACCAUCCUGUAUGCCGGUAUUGUGGUACUUGGUCUUGCCUGGUAUGUUAUGAUUUGGUGCAUAAGUAAGGGAGGCCCGCUCUUCGUUUCUGCCUUCCAGCCAUUGCAAACUGUCAUGGUUGCCAUCCUGGCGGCCAUUUUCCUUGGUGAUAGACUCUACAUUGGAGGAGUCAUAGGUGCGGUGAUCAUAGUGGGUGGUCUCUAUUGUGUACUGUGGGCGAAAGGUAAAGAGACCAAAAGCAACAGUGAUCUGCUUGCUGAAAGAAGCUUAGCACGGAAUCUCCUUCACGAAGAGAGUACAUACGGAAGUCCAUGAGGAAUUUCUCACUCGAGAGUAAUGUUGCAAAAUAUAGUAUGGAUACUAAUUAUCAAAACGAAAGGUUACAUGUGUUUUUGUGGCUUAAGAGCACACCACAAGCAGGGAACUGAAGCUAUUACAUUUGGGCUCAUUUAAUUAAGGGUAAAGUAAAGUGCAUCCAUGAUGUUGUAUGAUUGUUUCAUUUUGAUCCAACAAGUUAUAAAUGUUGCAUCCACCA